AUGGAUUGGAUACGAUCCGUAUAUUCGCGGUGUUUAUCCGAAUACGAUCCAAAAAUUGUGGAUAUCGAUCUGAUCCACAAGGUUAUCGAAUCGGAUCGGAUCCGCAAGGUUAUUAGAUCGGAUUGCGGAUUUCAUGUAGAGUAUCUCAAAACAUUAGAGAUAAAGAUCCCUUUUGUAGAAGCUCUUGAACAGAUACCUUCUUAUGCAAAGUUCAUGAAGGACAUUCUAAGUCAUAAGAAGCAUUGGAGAGAGACACAAAUAGUCCUCCUCACUGAGGAAUGCAGUGCAAUCAUUCAGAACAACUUACCAGAGAAGCUUAAAGACCUUGGAAGCUUCAUGAUACCUUGCAUUCUAGGUGAUACUUGUACAAGGACAGCUCUAUGUGGCCUUGGGACAAGCAUCAACCUAAUACCAGCGGCUUUAAUAAAGAAGCUCUGUUUGACUGAUGAAGUCAAACCAACCCGCAUAUGCCUUCAACUUGCUGAUGGGUCCAUUAAGAUACCAUCAGGAUUAAUAGAGGACAUGAUUGUCAGGGUUGGACCCUUUGCUUCUCCCACUGACUUUGUGCAUCCAGACAUUCCUGAGGACUGCAUGAGCAUUGACCUCAUUGAUUUCCUAGUGGAAAAUGUCAACAUGGCCAAAAGCUCCAAGGACAGGCUUGAUGAUAUCCUCAAUAAUACUCAGCAUGAUUCAGGGGAACCUCUGAAAACCUCUGAGGAAAAGGAGAAGCCUCCUAAGCUUGAGCUUAAGCCAUUACCUUCCUCCAUAAAAUACGCAUUUCUGGGAGAGGGAGAUACCUAUCCUGUACAAUAA